AUGAGAUUAACAAUUUUGGUAAAAGAUGCAAUCGAGCAGGAAAAUAAGAGGUGUAUCUCAAAUUCGACAGCUGCUAGUCUUCAGUCUUAUUCGGAUCUCAUGAGGUCCUAUAUGAACCUCAGUGUAGAUCCCUGUGACGACUUUUACGAGUAUGCCUGCGGAAACUAUCGAAAUGUAAAGCAGGACCGGUACUCCUUGGGAAGCCGGGUCAAUUUCGUCGAUAUAAAAUACACAUUGGCUGACAUCACAGGUCAGCUGGUGGGCAGGACGGAUCUGGCGAAGACUCUCAAUGUGACCAGUGAGCUGGAGGUGGCCCAACGCUUCUACAACGCCUGCCUGAGCGCUGAUCUCUAUCCAUUCCCUGCGAGCAAUCCUGAUUAUCUAAGGCUCAUCCGAUCGAUCGGAGGUUUCCCCGCCGUCGAUGGGGCCGCUUGGAAUGCCUCCAACUUUAGCUGGUUCAACAUGAGCGCCCACCUGACUAAUUACGGGGCAAAAGGGCUGAUCCGAGAGGAGCUUGUACCGUUCUACCCCUUUAGUCCUCACUUAAAUAAACUACCAGAUCUGGGCUUUGACACCAUCGUUCUUACGGACAACAUCGCAAGUAAUACUUCUCGCACCUACCAAGUCAACGAGGAGCGCAUGCGCGGAUACCUUAAAUCCUUUGACCUGCCAGAGGCUAAGAUUGCAGAAGUGAUUGAAGGGAUUUUUGCCUUCUGGCGAGAGGCCCUAGAGGUGGCCAAAAAAACUGAUGACCGAAAGGGCAUUAAAUCUUUCGACGUUACCAAUUAUAUGAAGGUAGCCUGGAAUCAGCACGUCCAUGUGGCUAUUAAUAAUGAGUACUUUGUAGAAAUAGAAAAUGUGUGUGCACGGCAUCCUGAAGCCGUAGCCAAUUAUCUGGCCAUGCAGUUACUCUUUACAUUUGACGCCAAACUUAAGGCGACUAAGUACCAGAAAGAUUACUGCGAAAGAAUGGUGCAGGCAUCCAUGUCGUUUCUCUUCAACAAGCUCUAUAUGACUGAGUAUUUUACUGACGAAAAAAGGUUGGAAGUCUCUGAAAUGGUAGAGGAACUGCGAAAAAGUAUUAGAUUAGAUUCGGACACUUCAGAGAACGCACUUUCCAUGGAAUCCCACCUUCAGUCCAACAUCGGCUCAACCGAGGACCAAUUGCGUACCGACCGCCUAAUCGGAGAGAUUCGCCGCCUGGAAAUAGUCAAAGAUAGCUACGCGGCGACUAAUAUGAAUAUUCAUCGCCUAAUGGUCGAAAUCAAGCGUUAUACCACACGUCACGCUAAUGAACUGACCGAGGAUUCCAAAUUUCAGAGGCAGCUGCUAGGGAUGCAGGUGAACGCCUUUUACCUUUAUACAGACAACUCUAUUAACAUCAUGGCUGGCAUCCUGCAUCCACCCACUUACCACCCGUCUUGGCCACCCUCCCUGAAAUUUGGCACCCUGGGCAACGUCAUCGGCCACGAGCUCACCCACAGUUUUCCCAAGAAUUACUCUUUGGAAACGUUAAGGUGUUUUGCGAAACACUAUAAUAACUAUGUGAUUCCGGAAAUCGAUCGUCACAUCGAUGGCGUAAGGACAGUGUUUGAGAACAUCGCCGACUACGGUGGAUUGCGAUACGCAAUGGCGGCCUAUCGUAGGCACAUGAAACAACUUCUAGAGGAGUGUGGGCAGGAAAAGAUCAGCGAUCAGAUGCCAGGACUCGACCUGUUGCCGGAGCAGCUCUUCUUUCUGGGCUCCGCUCAGCUAUAUUGUUCCGAUUACAAGGAGGAGCAAUAUUGGGAACAACUGCAGGACGGUCACACCGUCGAAAAGUACCGCGUUUUGGGCGCCUUGGCCAACAACGAGGACUUUUUCCAGGCCUUCAAAUGCCCAGUGGGAAGUGGCAUGCGUCCUGGGGACAAAACUUGCCACCUGAAGUAA